AUGUUUGCUUGUCUAUGGGUUUAUGUUGGAAAAUUUUCAGGAGAACCAAUUACAUGGAUAAAAUAAAAAAACGCUUAUUAUUUUGCUACUGUGACUAUGGUAACAGUAGGGUAUGGUGAUAUAACUCCUUAAAAUAGUUUUGAAAUGUUUGUUUGUAUUAUAAGUGUAUUGAUUGCUUGUGGUAUUUUCGCAUAUAGUUUGAGUUCAAUAGGAGUAAUAUUUUAAGAAUUGUAUGAAGAAUAGAAAAAAUUUUAAUAAAAACUGUUUAUUUUAAAUAAUUAUAUGGAAGAAAAGAAGGUUAGCUUUUCAUUAUAAUAUUAAAUUAGAGAAUAUUUAGAAUAUUAUUGUAAGGAAAAUAAUUAAAAUAAUUAAGAAAAAGAAUCAAAAAUUAUUUCUUAACUUUCAGAUAAUUUAAAAUAAAGUUUAUUGAUUGAAGCUAAUAAAAUUAUUUUAUAAAAUAAUACAGUUUUUAAAAAAUAUUUCUCCUAAAAACUCUUGUUCAAAAUAGUGAAUAUUAUUCAUGAAAAAAGAUGUACACCUGAAUAAAUUAUAUAUACUUAGGGACAAAAAGACGAUUGUGAAAUUUAUUUUAUAUACAGUGGAACUGUAGAAGUUUAUGUAGAAACUCCUUAAAAAAAAAAAAUUUAAAUUAAAAUUCUUAAAUAAGGAGAUAGUUUUGGUGAAAAUAAUUUUUUCACUUAAAUUAAUAGAAGUUAUUGUAUUAGAAGUUUUGAAUUUACUAAACUUUUAUAUAUUAAAAGAGAUGAUUUCCUAGAUUUAAUAAAAGAUUUUCCUGAUGAUUACGAAAUGUUUUGUAUGAUUAAAGAGUAUAUUAAUCAUAAUAGCUAAGAAAGAGUUAAUAAAAAAUGCUAUUCUUGUGGAAAUUCUUUUAUGCAUACUUCUUUUGAUUGUCCUUUUUUUUAAAGUUAUGAUAGUAUUGAUAAAAUUGAUAAUUUUCAUGACAAAUUUGAACUAUAAAACGAAUUUAAUAUGUCUAAAGAUGAAAAAAAAUAAGCAUUUAAAUAUUCUUUAGAAGAUUUUGAAAAAUUAAAAAGGUUUAAUCGUUUUUUUAUAAAAUAUAAUUAUGAGAAUUAAUAUAAAGUUUCCUAAUCAUAGAAAUUCUCUAACAGUUCAAGCUUAAAGAAUUAUUACACAAAGGGUUUCUCGAAGUAUUGGAGAUAUGAAGGUCUUAAGAUUAUAUAAAAACUGUAAAAUUUAUAAGAGUAAUGA